AUGUCACAUAAUAUAACAAAUGAAGCUUGCCAGGCCCAUGUGACCUUUACUAAUCUAAAGUGUCAUAAUUAUUUUAAAAAUUUGGGUGAUUUUGAAACCUGCUCCAUCAAGGCUGUGAAUCGAACUCAUAAAUAUAUCAACAUCUAUUAUAAAACAACUGGCACACCUAUUGAUAAUGUAACGGUGAAUUUUAAGUUGAUGCGUUAUGAUCAUGGCUAUAAGCCGUUCUAUCUUGAUUUGACCUACGAUGCUUGCCAAUUUUUGAAACUACAAAAAAAUCCGAUUGCUAAAAUUAUGUAUGCGACCUUUAAGGAUAGUUCCAAUAUGAAUCACACUUGUCCCUAUAACCAAGACGUUUUUAUCAACAAAUUAUGGACGGGCAAUCUGGAGACUGGUUUUACACGUAUCUUACCUAUGCCCCUUGGGGAUUACGCAAUCUUUACCAAUUGGUAUACAAAUAAUAUAAUUCGUUGCUAUGUAAACACUUAUUUCCGUUUAACUGAUAAGAAAUAA